GGACAUAGUAUGGGGCUCCCCACGGCUUGUCCUGCUAUUUAUACUCCCGGCUUAAUACGGAGCGCCGUCUACAGCUGCCGCUGUGGCUACAUUUGGAGCGACAACCCGCGUGGGGAGGGACCGGCGGUCCGGGGCAGGGCUGAGGUGACUCGUGUGUCCACUUUCCACGGCGUGCAGUAAGUACACAUUUGACUCUAUUCUACUUUCAUUGCUUUAAAUUUGCUGUAAAAUAAAUAAAUUGAGCGUCGACUAGCUGCCACAAGGUCAUGAAUAUACUUUUAUCUUUCGUACUCAUUCGAAGUUUUGUCUAACCAACUGCAUGUUAGAUAUAGAGGUCAUGGUGUUAAGUUACGCUGCAAAGGCUUCCAUGUAGUGUCGUCGAAAAAUUCUCCGAAGCUUGUAGGACUUUGGAUGCAACAGCAGGUUUUACGCACAGAUUACGCACGAAUUAUGCGUAAAAAAAACAAAAAAGCUUAAAUGUCAAACAAUGCGUUUUGAUUCUGACUGAAAAUAUAAUAUGAAUUUGAUUACUUAUUAAUUUAUGUUUACAUUAAUAUAUUUAAAGAUCAGCCCAUUACUAAGUACUUUUGAAUGUGUUUCUUCUUCCUCAAUAAGACAGUGCCUUCAAAUAAAGGGAAUUAUAGCGACCGCUCUUCAUCUGUGCUCAAUCUAAUAUGAAUUUAAUCUUGCCGUAUAUGUGCAAUGUUUAAAAUGCCAUUUGAGUAGCUGUUAAUGUGCUACAUCCCUAGUAAAUGGAUCAUAUAGGUUGCAUUACAGAGGAAUCUCUGUAGUCAUGUGCUGUAAAUGUAGCUAUCAGAUGUAUGCAAAGCAGUGUCUGCAGCUUCUCAUGUCAAUUUCUCAUAUUCAUCCCUGUCCUUUUGGUUGGAGGUGUAUGGUUGCUUAACCUGCAUAUGCAUGUGUGAUGCAGUCAUAUAUGCCACUUAUUUAUUGUGUUUAAAACUGAAGGAGGUCGACCAACCAGUAUAGACCUUAUGGCAGGCGUAUCACAAGCCUGGUAUGGUCUACAGAGAACUAGUGGGAAGCCCACACAGGUAAAUAUGCAGUGUGGGAUUUCAGUUAUGAUCCUCAGCUCAGCAUAAAAGGCCUCCUGUUAAACCCUCUAAACAUUUUUAUUUGAAUUCAUGAGGUUUCCUUUCCUAUAUGGGUAAAGAAAGACUCCUGUGUGCUCAUCCAGCAACUUUAUAUCCAAGCAGGUGUUAACUACUUGUUGCUGGAUUUGAAGCCCAUGAUCCAUGUUGAGCCUGGAUGGCAUUCUCUCCUCUGAUUGACAAAUCCUCCAGCUUGUCACAUGAUUUUUUUUUGCUCUUUAAACAAGUGCGGCGGCUCCCUGCUCUUCCUCAUGUUCCCCCAGCAAAAACAGAAAAUAGCAUGGCGUCAGCGAGACUGGGGAUGCUCACUCUUUGGGUCUGGACAGAGUGAUGAAUUCUGCUCCGGGUGGCUGAAUGUUUGUGUUUAAAGCAAAUGUAGGCCUAUGUGUUUUGGUGUGCAAACACUGAAGCCUGUUGUUGAGCCUGUUGCCUCUUGUCAGGGAUCACUGAAUCUAAAUGUUAUGCUUUUCAGUGCCCUCAGAGACAUCAGUAUUUCUGAGCUCCUCUCUACACAUGCCUGUCAAAGUGCUGUUAUUAGAGCAUGUUUGUCUAGAAGUUCAAUCUCAUUGUAAAUCUUUGUGUUUCUAUCAGCCUUUGAGAACAGAAAAAUUGGCAGAACCACUUUUUUUUCUAAAAAGUUGCAUCUUUUACUUUGUGACCUCUGUUGCCAUCAGCAGCUUUCAGCCCUGCAGCAGAUCUCUCUGCUGCACUAAGUCCUCAGCUCAUGUCUCUUUGUUCUGCCUCCAUUGUGCUUCCUGCAGUAGGAAUGCUGACAGCCACAAUUUUGGACGGCACACAGACACACGUGCAAACACUCAUCUAUGUUUGUACGUAUUUGUCAGUUCACAGUCAGUCAUUUGUGAACGUCACUGAUCGCCACCUGCUGUCUUUAGGUGCAAAUUGUGUCAUAUCAGAUCUAUAUUUAUACAUGGUCUCACUGCUCUAUCAUUGUUUGUGCUGUUUUGUUCACAUCUAGGCAACCAUUGAACCAACUGGGACUCAUUUGGUUUAUUUAUGAGUCCAGGUCAAAAUUAGAAACCAAACCUUUUUUAAUUGUGUCUCUAAUUGGAUGAAUAAAAGUUUGUUGAACAGCAUUUGAAUAAGAAACCUGUGACAGCAAAAAAGAGCAGCAGGUCUGCAAAUUCUGUGCCACCUAGACCUGGAUCCGGAGAGGAUCUAGGUGAGGUGUUAUGUUUCAGUGCAAGGAGAGAUUCCUGCAUGGCACUGCAGGCUGGUGAGGGUCAUCUUACAUGAACUCAAACAGGAGGAGAGAGGGGACUGGAAUGAAGGAUGCACUUUGAGAUGGAUUACUAAGCUCUAUAAUGAAGGCAGGACCUAAUCACUGACGUUAAUCUAUGUUUCUUUCCUUUUUGUUUCUUCCUCUUUCAGCAGUGAUGUCUCACCCACUGAAGGACUCAUCAUUCAGCCAUAACUGAAAGCUGUCCGCAGGUUAAGACUCCAGGUCCGAUGGAUCUCAAGUUCUCUGAGAGAAAGUUUGGCCCAAGUGUUUUGUCUUAAAAGUGGUAGAAGAACAACAUCUCUGCCGUUUGGUCCCGAGGAGAUCCAACUGUACUCUUCUGAGGGAGAAUGGACGCCACAGAGAACCCAAGCCUGGAGCCCAGAUCAGAGCGUAUUGCCCGCUAUAAAGCCGAGAGGAGGCGAGAACUGGCGGAGCGCUUCGGUAACCUGGAGGAGCUUCCUUCCAAAUGGGUUAGAAGAGAUGGGAAGGAGGUGCCUGAUCUGGGUAGCCGAGCCCACAGAGGGACUCUGAACUCAGAUGGGCUCAGUGAGCGAAUGAACGGCAGGACGCGAGGGGUUACAAAUGGACUGGAAGUGGACAACACUGAGUCUAACCACGUGAGAAGGUGAGUCAUGUCUGCAGUGAUGUGAACCUGUGACAGUAGAGUCAUGCAGAAAUCACAGGCUUCACAUGGAGCCGCUUCAAAUCCCAAAAUGAUAUAUGAACUCCUCUGCAGUUUCAGACAGAGAUAAGAGUCUCUGUCCGCAAAAUAUGAGAACACGGCAACAACACAAAAUCUGCAUUUUAAACUCCAAGAGUCUUUUGGUGAGCCCCUUAGGACACAGACACAGUCUGUGGGUCCAGAAUAUGUCCUUGAGCUUAAUUUAUCCAAACAUAAAAAGCAACAUGCCCUCUGCCCAGACUCAGUGACACCUGUCUUUGCUUCAACUCUUUCCAAAGUAGCAGUGAUACAAACUGUAGGUGUUGAGAAGAAAUAGGGUUACAGUUAGGGCUGGUUGAUAAAACGAUAAUGAUAUACAUCUAAAAUUAAUUUCCGUUGAUAUCGAUAUGAAAAAAAAGUCAGUAUGCUCUUUGAUAGUCGGCAUUCUGCCAUGUUUUGGUAGACUAUAUGAAUAGACAAUGAAAAGGGGAGUUGCUCUGGGUCUGCUUCGCGCUUAACUAAUCAUGUGCUGAAUUAGUACCAAGUAGGAAACAACUGCGUAGUAGCAGGCUGCAGCUACAUGCAACCAUAACACUUUAACAUGUGAAGCUGACAGCACUGUCGUUGACAAAAAAAGAAAAUGAGCAUUACCCCAAAGACCGCAAAGAUGUAGAUGAAGGCUUAACAGAUGAUGACAUCGUCAACAACACUGGUAUUUAAACGUCGGUGGUGUGGAGGUAUUUUGUAAUGGUAAUGUGCACUGCAAAUUAUGUCGAGUACAUGUUCUCGCAAAGUCGGGGAAUACCUCAAAUCUUUUUCACCACCUGAAGCAGUGCCACGCGGCAGUGCCAGCUUAUUGUAUUGAAAAAGACAAUAGUUAAACUGUUAAAUUUCAUUAAAGAAUAACAGGGAAAAUUUAAGAUUGACAAGUGAUUUUUUUAUAUCGUGAUAUAUAUCGAUUUCAACUGAUAUUGAAAAAAAAAUAUUGUGAUAAACUUUUUCCAUAUCACCCAGCCCUAGGUACACUUUAUAUGAACCCCCUUUUAUUAUGCAUAAUAAUUUAUAAAGCCUUAUGCCUAAAGAGGCCAUUACAGAGAGCAUUAUCAAAAUGCACCAUGCUCAGUGAUUAUAACACUUCAUAAACAGUGCUGUAAGCUGUCAUGAGUGCUUAUUAUCACUCAUCAGGAUUCUUAUAAAACCUUGUUAUCAGAUCAUUGACUUGAUCAAUAGCUCUGCAGUCUUCUGUGGCCUCCAGCAGGGAUUCAGUCUGACUCUCAUGCUCUUGAUGUUGUUUCUCCUGGAAACGCACAGACGCUGUAAAUCAGAGCUACACACUUACUUAGCUGCCCUGGAUAGAAAGGUUCAACAUCUUUUUUCCCGUUCCUUUACCUCCCGCUACCUCACCUCCCUCCCCCUCCAGGCAGGGUCCCCAACACUCUGCCAGCAUGCUGAGUGGGGAGGGGUGCCCCGUCCCUCUCGGACCCGAUGCCCCGCAGCUCCACACUCGGGUGUCUGUGGGCCGAUUGAGGAGUUCCCUCCUGCAGCAGACGGAGAGCGGAGUGCAGCCUGAGAAAGUGUAUGAUCACCUGCAUGUGUGUGUGAUCCAGCUCUGUAGCUCUCUGAUCAUAUCUUUCCUGACUCUAAUAUCUGCGUUCCUGUCUUCCUCCUCUUCUCUAGCUUUCCUGAUGAUGGACGCACCACCUCCUCUCUGGAUCUGGCCUCUGAUGGAGGCUGGAGACGUACCCGACGAUACCUUCCUGGUGGAACAGGUGGUGGCCGCAAGACCAGCGAGCGCUUCAGGACACAGCCGAUCACAGCCAAUGAGAUGGAGGAAAGCAGCGGGUAAGGCCUGUGCACUGUCCUCAUAAAAGAUAAAGUCAGACCUUCAUGGCUGCUUUGGUCUGCAUGUGUUGAACCUCCUUUAUGAUCUUUGCCCAGCAUGCAAAUAUGUCACAGUAUCUUGAUGGCUUGAAGCACAAAGGCAUGAACUGUGAGCUCAUCACAGGAUCUGAAAGAGAACACACAGCGGCCAAGGAUUCAAGCUGACAUCACCUCCCUGUUAGUGUUUCACUCGCUGAUCUCAUGCUUUGCCUCUGUUCUUUCUUUUAGGCUGGUGGAGGCAGAGGAAGAAGACAACUUUAAAGGUAAACUUUAUUAAAAUAAAAGCUCAACCUCAUAUUGUAUGAAAGAUAUUAAAGGGCUACAGAGAGAACGUAAACAGUGGCAAAAAAUGCUUCCAAUUAGGACUGGGCGAUAUGGGAAAAAGUUUAUCACAAUAUAUUUUUUUCAUAUCAGUUGUUAAAGAUAUAUCACGAUAUAAGAAAAUCACUUGUCAAUCUUGAAUGUUCUGUUACUCUUAAAUGAAAUUUAACAGUGCUUAUUGGUAGCAUGUCUUUUGUAAUACAAUAAGCUACUGCAUCUGUGAGGUCUUUGUGUCUCUAAGAUGUUUUGUCAUAAGGCGUUGUGCUAGAGAAAGCGGACUGAAUGGUCGGCUAUUUCGUCUGCACAGGCGCCAUGGGCUCCUUGCUCCGCUCGGGGUUGUAAACUUUUGCAUUGCGUGUGCUCUGCCGUGUGGCACUGCUUCAGGUGGUAAAUGAGAUUUGACGUAUACUGACUUUGCGAGAACAUAUACUCAGCAUAAUUUGCAGCGCACAUUACUCUGCCUCAUGUCCGACCUCAAACAAAACAAAAUACCUCCACAUCACCGACGUUUUCAUGCCAAUGUUGUCGACAAUGUCGUCAUCUGUUGAGCCUUAGUCUGCAUUUCUGCCGGGGGUAGCACUCAUUUUCUUUUUUCUCAUUGACAGUGCUGUUGGCUUCACGUGUUAAAUUGCUAUGGUUGCAUGUAGCUGCAGUUUGCUACUACGCAGUUGUUUGCUACUAAGUUCUAAUUCAGCACAUGAUUGGUUCAGCGUGAAGUGGACCUGGAGCAACUCCCCUUUUCAUUGGCUAUUCAUGUAGUCCACCAAAACAUGGCAGAAUGCCGAUAAUAAAAAUGCAUAUUGAACAUGUUUCAUAUUGAAAUUAAGGGAAAAUAAUUUUUGAUAUAUAAUUAUCAUUUUAUCACCCAGCCCUACUUCUAAUACAACUAUAUGGUUCCAACUUGCAGAGUUACUUACUUGAUAGCUCAUGAAAUCAACCAAGUUAUAAUUUGCAGCUCAUAAUGUCUGAUCCUUUCUGUGAUGACAGCUUUAAGUUGCUGGAGUAGUUCACCUCUUAACCUCACCAUAAAAAGAUUACAAGCAGAUCGACUUUCAGGAAUUCACAUCACAACUGUGCAGAAAAGGAUGUAAGUCUGUAGAUUUGAUGGUGUUUUAGAGGCACCAGAAUUUGUUACAACCCAAGUUAUGGGUUCAGGUCAGAAGUAUCGAAGCAUGAUUAGUCUUAAAUACGACCUGUUAAAGCCCAAGUCUGGUGGUGCAUCUUCUAAAAACCAGAGAAAUCAGGUUAAUACCAUGUGAGAUCGCUCAGCCUGUCAUUAAAGAGACGCUCUCAGUCAUCAGGCGCUUUUUGACCACAGGAACUUUCCCCAGCAUCUAGGACCUCUUGGCCUGAUUUGCAUUAUUUAACCAGUGCUUUUAGCCCUGGUGAAACAAAGACCAAAGUGUGUCACAGGAACCCUUUGAGUCCCUCGAUCUAAAAGUUUAAGGUCAAAAAGCACAUAAAGUGUCAUAAUUGGAUACUUUCUUUCUCUCUGUGCUUGCUGGACAGAAACCUGAGGAGCAGAGCAGUGUGUUGGUACAUCUGUGCCCCGAUGGUGGGCGUCUCCUGGUUUUGUUUAUCUGUGCCUGCAGCACAGAUAAACCAAUUAGGAGAUCCUUAUACAGUGACAUCAUUUCAAUAAGCCUGGUGGAGAUCCUGUAAAGAUCUGACGAUAUUUUAAGCAUCAUUACAUCGUAUUUAUGUCAAUUAAAGCUCCAUCCUUAAAAUCCUACUGGCGCUUUAGUAAUUCAUUUUUAAUACUGAAGCAUCACUGUGUUUGACAGUGUUGAGAUUGAAAGUGGCCGAUGACAUGUCAUUCUGUCAAUUUUGACCUUUACAACACACUUUGCACGGAUGACCUGAUGCUGUCACUGAGGAGUUAUCAGUAGAUGGUUGACACAAGCACAUUUAUGUGCUGUAUGUGAUGACACAAGAUCGUGUUUUACCAGUUAUCAAUCACUAUUAAUAUUUAUCCAUCAGCGAAGGCCAAGUCACUUUCAUGCUAUCACAAAGGUAUAAAACAACAAUACACACAUAAAGCACAUUAGUAUAUUGCGUUGCAUGCCACUGGCCACUUUUUCGCUCACUGUUUGCAUCUUUCUGGUCUAGUUUACCUCUUUAAAUGUGGAUUAGACUUUAUAUCCUCUACACAGAGAAGACUGUCAGAUGAUUUGCCCCAAUAAUUCUGACUAAAAGCUAUUUUUUGCACCCCUCUCUAAUCCCUCCUUUCUAAGAAUAUUGGAUAUUAUUGAAUUUUUGUUUAAGUAGUUCACUUGUAAAGCUUUAGGGAAUUACCUACAACACACGUCCAAAGUAUCACUGAUACUGCUUUUGAAUUAUUGUUUCAUAAGUUCAUCAUGUGUCCUGUUAUUAAUGUAAAAUCCUCAUGUUAUCUUUCAGGACGACUGAACCAAAGUAAAAUAUUUCUUGUCUUUGAUGAUAAAUUUAGCAGAAACUGUUAUGUUUAUUUGCUCUCCCUGCUGACAUAAUAAAUAAUUACGUUUUUUUAUUUCACAGCUGACGUGAAAACAGAUGACAGAGCCAAAAUGAGUGUGGCAGCCAAGAUGUCUUUGUUCAAAGUGAGUCUAUGUUGGUCUUGGCACUGAAACUGGAUCCUUACUGCUGUUCAUGACCUGAUUCUUCACUCUGUUGUGUGCCGUCUGUCCCAGUGCCUGAUGCUAAAAAUGAUCCAAACUGUAGAAGUAAGUCUGUGGGUGUUCCCAAAUUGAUACUGAUGAGAAUUUUACUGAACUGACUCCUGAAGGAAGUAAGAUGAAAUAUAAUGUCAAAGCACUUAAAGCAUCAAAGUUAAGCCAUUUAACUACGCUGCAUAUUGCCUGGAGUUGAUGUCCUACAAAAAAAAAAAAUAUAUAUAUAUAUAAAUGUCACAUUUGGUGAGCUUAAAAACUUUUUUUUUUAUGCUCUUGAAGAAAUGUGUUUUUUUUUUUCUAAACUCUAAAAGUAAGAGUCAAUUAUGUAACCCUAACAAUUAUUUAUUAACAACUAUCUUAUCUCCUAAAGUUUCCAAGAAGUUGGCAUUACUGUUUUAGAGACGACAAAGUUUGCGUUCUGUUUUUCUCAGAGCCUGGCAACUACCAACAACACAGGACUCACUGCAUUCAAACCUGAUCUCAGUGCUAUAAUAAAGGCGGUGUAAGCCCCCUGUAGUAUUAAUAAGUAGGUGGGUUUUGUUACCCUCUUUCCUGAUCCAUUUUGAGCCCGGGGCCUUCUCCUCUCUUGUUUUAUCCGUUUUCAUUCCCGAUUUCUGCUACAGGAUAUUUGCCUUUUUAUCAUCUUGAGUAUGAAUACCAGUGUAAAAUAUUUUCUCAUAUUUUGUCAUCAAAUAGUUCACACACUUAUAAUUUUAACCUAAACUAUCAAGGAGAUUGUUUCCAACCAAGAAACCUUUUUGCAGAUGAAGUCCACAUUGGGCCGCAACCUGCACAUAAAAGAUACAAUAAAAGUUAUACAAAGUGCCUAAACAUGGAGUUGGACCAAAACAAAUCAGAAUCAGAAUUGCUUUAUUGAUCACAAACUUGGAAAUUAUGGUGUUACAGCAGCUUUUUCCUAGUGAGCCAAAACAAUAUAGGAAUAUAAGAAAGACACAAACUGCAGAAAUGCAUGUUGUGGUAAAGGCUUUUGGAGUGAGUCUAAACAAAUUCACAAAAUUGUAGGUUUGUUAUGAGAAGUAUUGUCCAAAAAUAGACUUCUGACACUAUCAUCAAUCAGUUUAUCAGGAAAAGCAAAAAAUGCAAAAUUUAAGCAUAAAGUUUUCAUUGGACGAAGAGAUAUGAGGGAUCAAAAUCUGGAUUUGAGUCUAAAGUCUUACCAGAAUAUGCACUGUGCUACUUUCCAUGAAAAAACAAUAGAGCCCUGUGCCUCUGAUAAACUAAUACUAUUUAAUGAUUAUCAGUCAUUUGGAAAUAUUGAACAGCUAAAGCUCAGUCACCUCAGCUGCUCACCUUUCAGUCCCAUGAUGAAGCAGUGCUGAGCCUGCUGAACACAAACCUAAUCAUGUUGAGGGGUAUGAAUGGUGAAACAGGUGCUGUCCUGGAUCCAUGCUUCAGUGCGUCUGUUUGGACUCUAUAUAAAGUGUUGGUGACACUCGUCUAAAUCAGCCUGUUUGGUCUUUGUUUCUCUUGAGGGGCUAAAAUCACAUGCUGGGUUUUCUCCUCAACAGCUUCAUUUGCACAGUUUGAAGCAUCAGGUGAAGACAUAGCAGUUACUGUAUAACCAUUAGCAACCACAGCAGCACUGUUAUAAUUAGCCUGCUGCUGCGCGGAGGCAGGCGGAGGUAACUGAAGCCUUCAGGGCUCUGGUUUCACUCUGACCUGUCGGGCUGCCAUUUCUAUCUGCUUUAUUCACCCGCCAUCUGACCUGCCUCCCCCCUCUCCCUUCCUCCCUCCAUCUGUCCAUACAAAUAGAACAGGAGAGGGACUUUUCACAGCCAUUUUUGUGCUCCCCUUUAUUACUUAUUAAGGCUGUUAAAUAAGGCUGCGAUCUGACCUGAAUGCCGGGGUCUCACCUGUGGAAAAAAAAAGAGAGACCACUGUCCCAUGUCAUUAACACAUUGUUCGCCUCCUUUUUAGGAGCUGGAGAAGUCUGCGACCCCGGAGACUUCAGCCUUUCUGAAGCCUCGCCAAGGCAGUGUGGGUCAUGAGCGCAGAGUGCGGCGUGGCAAUGACCAUCGCUUUAUGACUCAGCCAAUCACCUGUGAGGAAAUGGUGGCUAUUAGGUGGGGAUGCUUGAUUUGAGAAUCUAAUGAUAGCUUUCAAAAAUACAAAACGCACAUCUUCAUAAAUACGGCUCAUUUUUUAAAAGAACAAAGCACUCAAGUAAUCACCAUAAGCUACUACUGUCAGCAGAUGAUGGAUAAAGAUUUUGGUCUUUGUAAGCAAGUCAAUAAAUGUGAUGUAUGUUGAUAUCGGUGUUUUAUGUACUCAAAUGUUUCCCUUUAGUGCCCCAAAUCCAGCUCCGCCAGUAGAGUCCCAGUCUGUGCAGGCAGAGUCUCAGGAGGACGGUGAUGAGAGCUGUAAGCUGAGCAUGAGUGAGAAGCUUGCCCUCUUCAACAAACUAUCCCUACCAGGGAGGCAGUCGGGUGGCCCUGUUGACGGGCCCCCGGAGAGACGAAGACAGAAGGGGGCUCGGUACCGCACACAGCCCAUCACUGUGGAGGAGGUCAGCCUGGUGAGGAAGACGACGCCAAAACAGACAAUCUAUGAAUCAGCUUACAUGUUUGAUACACUCAAAAUAUCAGUGUGUUUGACAGAUGGUUAUAAAAUAUGAGCCCUGAUUGGAUCUGAUUGGAUGAGGUGACACUGUGCCUCUUUAAAUGAUUUUGUGUCUUUUAUUAUUUAGCUCCAGAAAGGCCCCGUUCAGCUCCCUGUCUUCACUAUAUCCCCUCAUCUACACGACAGACAGCAGGCCUCGUCUGUCAACCUAAAGCCCAGUGAGCUGCGCCUCUCUCAGCCAAGACUAGACGCCGGCCGUAUGCCUUCAGACCCCACUCAGCCGGGCCUGCAGCGCUACGACUCAGAACCUGGCUUGAGAGGAAUCUUGAAGAAGAGCUGCAGGACAGAGGGCCUUCGAACAGAUGCAGCGCUUCGACAUGAACACAACGGUGGAGGCUGUGAUGAGACAGAGACACAGGAGAGGGUGGCGAGCACAGACCUGCAGGAAAUCCCCAUACCACCACGGAGAGAGAGACGAGCGGCUUCAGGCGGAGAGUCUGCAGCUCCUUGGAGGCAGAGGGCUCGAAACAGGAGGGAAACUAUCGCCUGUGCACCUAUCACAGUGCUGUCAGAGCAGGACGGUCCUCAGGAGGAGCAGCUGGUUCCAUCUGUGGGAAACAACACAGAGACAAAUGGCCGGGUUCAGUAAGUACCUGGACUCGAGCUUUUUAAGCUCAUUACAUUCUUCAUUCAUUCUUUAAUUUCUCUUUUGUAUUUAUCACUGCUGUAAAUUUUGAAACUUCCCUUUGUGGGACGAAUAAAGGAAUAUCUUAUCCUAUCGUACAUUCAGCUGGAUAUAUCUCUUCUUUCUCAACUUUCCAGUAUGUUUUAAUAUUUUAACAGAAUGCAUCAAAAAGAAGAGGAAAGCAUCAAGAAGUUGGAUAAAGACACUGCAGCUGUGGGACAUGUUCAGGUGACACCGGGGGACAACACCGUGAUACUGCAGGAAACGACAGACAGCAGCAGACGUGAGGUAAGAAACUACAUUGAUUCAAACUGAGGGGGAAUGACAGUUUCAGAAAAGCUGCUGCUUCUGUUUGUAAAGAGACAGCUCUUCUUAAUCGUCACAGCUUUACCCCUCUGUAAUCUCGAGCUCAGUUUAGAACCACUGAGUUUUCGACUUUCAGCAGAGACGGACAAAGUUGAGCAGUCAGUGGAGGGUUAGCAGAGCAGCACUCAGGGAAUAUAAAUCACUGUUUGACUCUUCAAGGCAACCAUUUUUCAUCUAUAUUAGAAUUUUGUGCUUUGGAUUGAAACAGAUGCACAAGGAAGAUUGUCCUUUCUAUUAAAAAGAGGAAAAGUGUCCAGAGUAAUAGAGCUUCACAUGCAGCAGCUCUCAAACAGCUUGGUUUUGCAGCGUGGGCUUCAAAAAGGCAUGACUAGGAAUGUAAAAUGGUGCUUUGUGUGACUUCAGGGGCUCCACAAAAACUGCUUUUAGAGUUUUGAUGUUAAUAUUAAGACAUUAAAAUUUUAAAUCAACAAAAAAAGUUAUCGUUUCUACCUUUCAGUUAUCAGAAACCAGGUGCUGCCUUCAACUUACAGUCAUAGGCAUGAAUGGUGUUCUGCUGCUACUGUUUCUAUUGCUUUACAUUAACAUUAACAUAAACACAAACAAACUCGCUGUAAUUGUAAAGGCAAGGUCCACACUUAUGCUGCAUAUAAAAUUAAAGGUUGUGACAUGUUUUUGACUUUGUUUCUACACUUUUUAAAAUCCUCUGUCAUCCUGAGAAAAUGACAAAAAAAUUAUAAAAUUUGAAAAAAACUCCACCUAUAUUAAAAUACUGCAUAGACUUUUAAAAAAGAUUAUAUAUUUCCAUCUGAAUCCCCUCAAAAAGUGGUGCUCUGGUCCCGGGAAGACUACAUUUACAGUCGACAGGUGGUUGGGUUCGCUCUGCUGCUGUGUCUUAAUCAAGGAGGAGAGGAGGGAUGUGAUGGAUGGAUCGGUGUAUUUGUCAUUCCUGAGAAACUGGAUAUCCAGUAUCUCUUAGCAACAGCUCUCUGGACUUGUUGGGUGGUAAAUAUUUUGAGAUCAGACUUGAGUUACGGGGAAUACAUCCAUAUUUGUUUUUAUUUACUGAGGUGACGUGGACUGUCUCAGAACAACAUGAGGAAUGUAAACAGACAGUUAUUUUACUGGUGGAUUUUGUCCUUUUUGACCUUUGACCUCAGCUGUAUCUCAGUGACAGCACGUGUAUAUUCAUUUGAAUUUUUUUUACCUGUUUGGUUGACAGUCACAAUUUCAAGUUUGAUGUAAUUUAUUUGUAUUCGAAUUAACAGUCUUCCUAUUUACCUCACAUUGCCCCCUACAGAAUGAGACUGAUCAUGCUCAGGUGGAGAAAGUCAAUCCUCAGUGCUGGGUGAGUCCCUCACUAAUGCUUGAAACCCAUUCAUCUCCAGUAUUUCUCCCCAUUAUUUAUCUCCAUUACUAAUUCUACAACUGCUUCAGCCCUCCUCUCUCUCUUCUAACCCCCCUUCUCUCGCAGGAACCCGUCUUUGCCUCUGUCUUUUCUAGCAGUACGCCCCAAUAUAUCAUGUGUUUCAACCAGGUAAUAGUCUGAGCCACUGCAUGGCAGGUUUAACCGCUGCUUUUUGGUUGCAGUGUUUAUGCUGUGCAAAGAUUCACAGAUCACAUGUAAAUAUUUACUAACACGUUUUUUUUUUAGACGUGAUCCAUCACAGCACAUUUCACACUGCAUCUGUUACAUGCAUUUCUCUAAAUCUUGUCCGUAUUUUGCAUUUGUGGUUUCUGGUUGUUUCUUAGUUAUUGAAUUGAAACUCAAACCUCCGGGUAUAAAGUUUGAAUAACUGCAAAAAUGUUGGAGGAAGAAGUAAAGAAGACCAGCUUUAUUACAGAAAAUUCAAGUGUCUUCUGCAAAUUCCUAAAAAGGGGAAAGGAUUGAUACAAUAAGUGUAUAGUGAACAGUACUGUAAUAAUAAUAAUCAUAAUAAUAAUAAUAACAAUAAUAAUAAAUAUAAUAAUACAAAAUAAAAACAGAAGUUUACAAAGUGCUUUGACAAAUAGUCAUAAAGCACGCAGAAAUAAAAACAAAUAAAAACAAAAAGCAGUUAGAACAGAAUUGAAGGCCAUUUUCAUGUCAUAUGGAGCCCAGACAAUACAAAAACCAUGCAACAUAAAAUGAAACCAUGAGGACCAACUUAAAACAUGAAAUAGGUAAGAAAAAGAAAAUGUAAUAAAAAGGGGGGUUGAAAGCAGGAAGCAGGAUCGUAAAUAUAAAAAGACGAUAUUAAUGAUGAUAAUAAAAUAAUAACAACAUAAUAAUGAUAAUAAUAGUAAUGAUUAAUAGACUAACAAAAAUGAGCAGGAGAUAAAACAAUUAAAGGCCUAAAAAAGAAAAGAUUUCAAUUAUAACGAAAGCUAAAAAGAUGGUAAAGCGGAGAUGAGCUGGAGGUAAAAGAGAUAAAAGAUAAAAGACGGCAUCACAAAAAAGCAAGUCUGUAAAAGUGAGUUUUUAAAUUUGACUUAAAAGAAACGACUGUUUCUGCACGCCUUAUCUCCUCUGGUAGGUCAUUCCAAAGUCGAUCAGCUCUGAUGGCGAAAGCUCUAUCACCUUUGGUUGUGAGACUUUGGAACAACCAGGAGGCCUUCACCAGAGGAUCUGAGGCUAUGAGUUGGCUCAUAAGGUAUUAAAAGCUCUGAAAUGUGCCUCGGAGCAAGUCCCUUAAAAACUUUAAAAGUAAUCAAUAAAAUCUUAAAAUCAAUUCUAAAACUGACAGGAAGCCAGUGAAGGGAGGCAAAAAUUGGAGUAAUGUGAUGCCGUCUUCUGAAACCAGUUAAAAGCCGAGCUGCUGCAUUCUGAACUAGUUGAAGGUGGGACGGUGAUUUCUUAUUUAAACCAGGGAGGAGAGAGUUACUGUCGUCCAGCCUAGAGAAAAUGGUCAGUCUUGUGGUAAUUAUGAUUUUGAUACAAAUGAUGUAUUGAACAUGCAUAUAGAAUUACCACUUUGGGCAAAGCGUACAUUAUUAUUAACUUAUUAGAGAAACCCUGAGAUUGCAUUGGUAAAGACAGGUGAGAUCAGAGUCUGUGUAUCUCCAUCUCCUCUUCAACUGAACACUCAGUUCUAUUCUCUGACAGUCUUAGUCAGCAGAACAGUCUUCAAACAAAGAUUUAACCCUGUUUGUUCCCCCUUUGAACUGGUUUUAUUUAACUUUCAUGUUGAACCUUACUUUUCUCCUCCUCAUGCAUGUCUGCUCUCAUUUUUUCAAACACUAACCCUCCAUUUUACUUCAUCAUCCAUGUCGCCCUUCUGUUCAACUCAGACAAGUCUUUCCUUCGAGGCACAGGAGGUCUCCUCUCCCACUAAGAACCCAGUCCAGCCUCUGUGGAGACAGAAGGUGACACAGGUCGGUAUUACUUUUAGAUCUUUUUGUGGUAUCUGAAUCUAGUGAAGAGCACUCCUUUAUCUCUAUAUCUGCUUCUGUGCAGGCUAAGGGAGCUGAGGAUGAUCAUCACAUGGUAAAGACCAAAGAAACAACCCCUCAGCUCGAGAAGGAAGAGAAAAAGACUGGACAGUUUAUCAACAUCGACUCCACGGUCACUGCUACAAGCACAGAUGAGGGUCAGAGCAGCUACUUUUCCAUUUAUAAAAAUGUCUGAAAACACUUAUGCUCCUCUCUGAACUGUGGGUGUUUUUGCUUAACAGAAAUCUCGACACAGUCUCCUCUGCAGUUUGAAGGUAAUGAUAGUUAGAUUCUCACUGAUAUGAGGCGUUUAAAUCUGCAGAAUUUUACAUUUACUACAACUGUUUUGUCUCUUUAGCAGCUCCAUCUCCAACCUCAGUAUCUCCAUCUGAAGUGAAGGAGGAGACAGUCGUGGACGAAUCAAAUGCUUUUGAUGGUUUUUACAGAGAUCAGUCGCCUCCGUCUGCCUGUGCACCUCCGCCAUGUGGGGAGGUCGCCACGUCGGAGGGCGAGCAGAACCUGGACAUCCUCUGUCAGACCAGCACACCUAUGUGAGCCUUCUGUUAGCCCAGGUUUUAGCCUCAGCAGUCUGUGCUAUCAUUGUGACUUCCCUCUGAUUAGGAGCUUAUAUUUUGGUUUGAUUUUGCUCAGAUGUUUGGUAAAAAUAAACCUGUCAGUGGCUGUAACAAGAUUAAACAAAAAAGUUUCAUUUUUAGCGCAGAACUUCUUUAAUCAUUAACUUCAUGAACACUCAUCACUGUCUGUCUGUCUGUCUGUCUGUAUUUGUGUUUUCAGGCUGACCUCAGCUGUAGCAGAGCACCGGCGGUCUGUACGUCCAUCACGUCGGACCCAGGGCUCCAGAAACCCUCUGAGGGCUCUGGCAGCCCGAGAGGACGUCAGGCAGGACUACAUGGGGGAGAGAGCCAACACAGCAUCUGAGGAGAGGAUGCAAGCAGAGAACAGUCAGUGGGAAUAUUUUGAAGACGUCUGUUUCCUCUUUUUUUUACUCUUUUGUCUGUUCAAUCUCCUCAGCGUCUGUUUUCCCUCUGCACAGAGUCAAAGAACUCCGAUUCACACCGCUCAGAAGACUUCACCUCUUCCUCGAAUGCUGAGAUAACUAAAUCUCACCCUCCUUUCAGCAGCCUGAUGCUCAUUCACAUUAAAGGUCAGAAAAGGUUUGGUUUAUUUAAAGGUACAGUGUGUAGAAUUAAGCGGCGCAUAGCAGAACAAACUUGGUGAUAAUGGAAUAUAAUAUUUAUAGGAAGCUGUAAAUCAGUUUAUUAUUGCUUAUCUAUAAAAAUCACUUUGUUUUUGAUCAUGGACAAAGACUCUGUUGCUGUACAUCAACAUAGGAGUGGGUCUCUUCCAUGGAGGUUGCCAUCUUGCACCAGCAUGUUUAUCUAGCAUUUCUGUAUUUAGUUAGUGGCUUUAUGAAAUUCAUGGGUUAAAGGACCAAGACAAAUAGAGGAUCAUGCUUAUCAUCAUCACAUGAGCUUCUUGUAAAGGUCACCAUUUCCCAGAUGGGAGGGGAGAUCAUGGGGGUUUCAAUCUUAAAUUUGACCACUAGUUAUCGCCAAACAAUUCCCCUUCUACACACUGUACUUUCACUGAUAUCUUGACACUCAGGUUUUAUAUCAGAUGCUGUCUGCGUGGACAGGUAGGCGGCAUGUCCAGGUGCGUCUGGUGGAGCCCUCUGUGCGCUCUCUAAACAGCGGAGACUGCUUCCUGUUGGUCACUCCAGAGCAUUGCAUCCUGUGGAGCGGCGAGUUUGCCAAUGAGCAAGAGAAAGCCAAGGUACGACAGAGAACUUUGACGUUUCAUAUUUUCAUAUUGCAAGACGGAAAGGUGUUGGUAUUAAACAAGAAGUUCUUGUAAUGUGAAAGGAACACAUGAUAUUAUGAUACAUAUGUAAAUCAUUAGUGUAGGAGAAGGGGUGGGACUAGAUACGUUUUGACUUCUUCCCACUCCUUUUUGAACAUGGAUAACUUUUGAUCAUUUGUUGUUGUAUUCUUUACUUUAUUAUUAUAUUUUAUUUUUUAUACAUUCAGAAUUUACUUCAAUCAAUCAUGAUGGAGUAUAUUUAAAAAAAAAAUAUAUACUUUUUUUUUUCUUCUAAAAAAACACCAAAAACCAUGAAACAUCACCUCAUGACAACAGUUAAUCUCUCUAAAUGCUACAAAUAGAAUGAGAGUGAACCAGUUGAUGUACCUUAAAGAUGUGAUUUUAUGUCACUUAACUGAUGAAAAUUAUGUGAUACCUUAAGUAGUAUUUUAAGCUCCUCUCAGGUGCAGUAGAUUACAUAAACACUUUUUCUGCAGCUCAUAGGGUAAAGAUGCUUGGUGAAGUUACAGCAUCCAUGUGUGCUUUUUAUGCAACAAGAAGUUACACAGGAAUUGCACUGAUAACUGUAAACUAUGGUGGACGAAAAGAGACAAAAUGAAAUUUAAUAAUACAUCUUUAAAUAAACACUUAAAUAUGUCAUUAAUUAAUUAAUUACAUGAUGUGCCAGGUAACCAAUCAGGUGUUAUGAUCCGCCCACUGACUUUGAUGGGUGAGUUUGAUAGAUUAAAAAAAAAAUAAGGAAGCAAUGCAACACAGGUUCAUGAAAUAAUUAAUUAAAUAGUGAAAUAAUUGUAUAUGUUUUUACGCUAAAUGAAAUAGUAUUUGAAUAAAUUAAUGACACAUUUAAUGACACAUUUAUUUAUUUAAUUCCCAUCUUAAUUAGUUGAUGAAAUAUCAAAGUAUUUAUUUAAAGAUGUAUUUAUAUAUUUCUCUGUCUCUUUUUGUCCUCUAUAGUAAACAGGUCUUUGUUAGCUAGAUUGAUAAGUGUGCUGUGGUCACUAAAUAGGCAAUAAUAGUGUGGUCACAGAAUAAGAAAAUAUGCAGUAGUAAUUUAUGACCCAUAGAAAUAAAAAUGGCUCUAGUUUUAAAAUAAGCAGCUGUUAAAAAAACCCUGUGAAGUUAGUGCAGAAAAAAUCGAAACAAAAGGAAGCAGAGAAACAUCAGAACAGGAGGGGGGUGUAUCAUGUCUAAAAGCUCAUCAGUUUCAAGUUUAUUUGAGUAAGUUGGCUCAACAGAGUUCCAAGUGAAGAAAUCAGAUACUAUGACGCUGAUUUUUCACCUGUCUGUAUUAACUCAGGCUUUAGGCUCAGUCAGAAUCACAUGAAAGGGAGUGUUAAGCUUGUUAUUUGAUGCUUCUAUAUUAGUUGUCUACUUCAGUCAGACUGACGAAAAGAAAAGAGGAUUUUAUGAAAGUACAAUGAAGGAAAGUAAUUAAUCCUUUAGGAAAUAUUGUGUAACUCCAUAAAUGAAUAUAUUGAUUUUAUUAUAUGAUACUCCUCAUAUGCAAUCAUUUAUCUCUAAUAGGACACAGUACAUCUCCUAAACUUUAACAAUAUUAUACUUGAUUUCAGCGGUGUAGGCAGUAGUGUAGGCAGUUCUAUUGUCUGUGUUUUUAACAGAAAACAAUAUGUUUUUAGAGGAUUAUGAAACCAAGCGUAAAAACUUAAUCUAAUGUGAUCAUAGAUGCUGUGUUUUAAUCAUUUACUGUGUGGAUGAGCUGCUGAAACUUAAAGAACCAAUUCUACCACAUGCAAACAAGGAAAAAAAUCUAGAGGAGACACAAAGACAGACUCCCAUGAUGCAAUUCUUACAGUGGAGCCCCUCAAACUUCAUCAGACAAUGAUCUGCAUUGCAUAAGGAAGACAUCAGCAGGUGUUACUAAAUAUUAUGAUGGCACUUUAUGUCAAAUUUCAAGCCAUAACUCUGAACAUAAUCCGCCCUGACCAGGUUAUGAGUUUAAAGUAAGUUACCAUGGUGAUUUAGCUAGGUUGGGAGAGAGCCAGCUUCAUUACACAGAAAACUCUGGGUUUAGGCACCACAGACCCAGUUUACCCUCUGAUCUUGCUUCUUGUUAGACACUUCUGCAGAUAUUAGAAACAGCAGCAAACAUAGUCAGAGAGAUAUAAUACAGUUACUUCAUGCCUUCACAUUUACCAUUUGAUGUAAUCAAACUUAGUCACCUCAUUUGUAUUUCCAAUAAGUGAAAAACUGUGAUUUAUCUGUUCCACACUUAGAAUUUGUGGAGGAUACCUUGAGGAAACCUGGAGGUUGACCACACACUGUACACACUUCAUUUACUACCGAUGACUCAAUGAUCCACCUAAGUUGCUUAAUGUUAUUUUCAUCUCCUAUUUAAUUAAAAAAACUUUUAUUGAUAACAAAAGCCAGCAGGAUUGCUGUAGCAUAGUUGUUAGGAAUCUUAAUAUCUUUUUAAUGAUACUGUUUCUUUUUUUGUAAAAUCCAACUCUAAAUGUUUUUUUUGUCUUGUUUUUUCACUCCAGGCCUCUGCGCUGGCGUCAUUCAUCCAAAGUCAGGGAGAUCUUGGCUGUCAGGCUCCUCAGAUUGUUCAUCUGGAGGAGGGCCUGAACUGUGACAGCAGCCUGGCUGCAGACUUUUGGAGUCUUCUAGGAGGACGAACACAGUACCGAGGUUUGAAGACUACCUGUUUUUGGCAUACAUUGGUUAUUAACUGAUACUUUUGAUGAUAUUCAGACUGACUGAACAGCAGUUUUCUCCUUCUCUCUGCAGGAGCCAGUGCAGAGGAAGAGGAUGAGCUGUUUGAGCGAGGCAUCUCAGAGUCAAACUGUGUGUACAGACUGGUGGAGAACAGACUGGUGCCUCAUGAACAAGCCUGGGCCUCCAUCCCCAGCAUGUCCCUGCUGGGCUCCGAUGAGGUCUGAUGAUUGUUCUGGAUUGUUUAUAUAGUGGAUUAUUUGUAACCAGCUGUUUCAGGUUAGUUUUAAUAAGUGAUUAUUUAUCUGUUCAGGCCCUGGUGUUUGAUUUCGGCAGCGAGGUGUACCUGUGGACUGGGCAGGAAAUUUCUCUCAGCAGGAGGAACGUUGCUCUCCAGCUGACUCACCAAGUGUGGGUUGGAGCUUACGACUACAACAACUGUCGAGUCAACCCACUGGAUCCCACACAGAGUAACCCUGGCAUACCACUGUGAGUUCACACAGAAGAGUAAAGCUUUUAGUCCAUACUUCACAAAGAAAAAUAACAGCACAUCAGUAUUACAGCUCAUUAUAGAAACAGUAAAAUACAAACACAACAUUAAAAAGUAAAGGUUUAUCCCCCACUGAACACAUCAAAAACAAAGAAAGCAGCAUUAAAUUGACCAAGCACGAAUUAUUAUACAAAACUGCAGGCGGUCUUUAUUGUACAUUAAAAAAAAAGACAUUGCAAAAGGCUUGCAAAUAACCUGGCAGACAGCAAUGUGCCCACAAGAUAUUCUGAACAAUCCAGGCACUGCAGGCUGACGGGCUGCAGCUGGUGAAGGACAGCUGUGUGAACUUUGAGAUAGCUGGAUGCUCACCCAGUUUUUUCAAAGCACACAAUCUAAUCAUAGAGUAAACCUGACUGUCUGCAGUGUGCCUGUUGUUCAUUCUCAAAACCCACUUUGAUGGGAAGUUCUCUGUCAAGAGUGUGAAUCUUCAGGAAUCUCCAGGAAUUUGCAUCCACGUAGGAGGUCCACCUCUCGAAUGUACGAAAGAGGAUUAGGGCCAAAUGAAGAGAAAAAAAUUAUUACAGGGAAGAGUUUAAAGUCGAAAUUUUAGAUUAUUGUUGGAAUUUCAAGAUUUAGAAAAUCGAAAUUAUGUCAAUAAAGUCGAAACCUCGAGAUUAAAAAUUGAAAUUUUGAGAUCAAAGUGAAAUUUUGAGAUAACAAAAUGUUGAAAUGUUGUGAAUAAUGUCAACAUUUUGAGAUUAAAAAAAGUCGAUAUGAAUCAAGUCAAAAUUUUGUGAAUCAAAAUCGACGCAAAUAAAGACCAAAUUUCAUAAAUGAAGUCGUAAUGUUGAGAUUAAUGAUAAUAAAUCAACAGCAUAGUCGCUCGUCGCUUGACAACAUGUCCUCUGUAGAAGAGUUUGUAAAGCUGUACUUUAGAAUUGGAUUCAGUAACAAGGAAAUCCUUGCUCUUUUUGAACACAAACACAGUGUGGUCAUAAAUAUUUGGACUCUGAAAAGACUGUGCCGAAGAUUAUUAAUCUACAGAAGAAAAAAAACGACAAACUUGGAGGACUUUAAUCUUGAAAUUUUGAUUCUUUUCAUUUCGCCUUUUUUAGAAUUUUGGCUCCUGUAAUUUUUUUUUUCUCUUGUGGCCCUAAUCCUCUUUCGUACUAAUGUUCUUUAAGGGUCCAGCUCAUAGUUGAGCAGUAUAAUUUAUCACAGAGAUUUUGGAUUGUGCAGACAAACUUAAGUUUAUAUACAGAAGGACUUAAUUACUUGGACUUCAGCACUGAGGCACCAUUACAGUCCAAUAGGGAGCAUUGUUACAGAGACUGUUUUGUUAAGUUGGAGAAAUGUUAUUGUCUCAGAUCUCUUUUUUUAAAUUAAGCAAUAAGAUUUGGCCUCUGCUUGAACUUCUGAUUAGAUUAUUAAAAACUCAACAAACAUCCCUUUAUGCUUCAUUUGCAAUAACUCAUAAAAUGUGCCAUUAUAAUGCAAUCAUUGUGAGUUAACUAUAGAUGAUCAUAUUUACUAAAUUACACCACAUUGGUUCUCUGUAAAACCAAUGAUUGUGCCAAUGAGGGGGGUAACUUUCAUCAGUUGUACUCUUAUUUUCCCUCAUUUUUUACCUAUCCUCAGGAGCGGUGAGGGGCGUCCUAGCUGGGCGCUGUUUGGCUGUGUCACAGAGCACAAUGAGACUGCUCUGUUCAGGGAAAAGUUCCUUGACUGGACGUUGAAGAGCACAGACAGGGAAGAGGCUGCUUCUGUGAACAAGGAGAUGCAGGUAAAUGUCACAGAUCAACCGCUUAUACUUCUGCUAAAGCUUUUAAAAUACUACUAGGUAAAAACUAGUUAAAUCAUCACAACAAUUAUCACUUCACAGCCUGUUUCAGGUCCAUCUCCUCCAGACGUCCUGAACACCUGUGAUGCCAAGGCUCUUGUGAUGGGUGAGUCGAUAAAAGGAGAUGGUUUGGUCCAUCACGUGUUGGCUGGGGUUGAUGUCCAGAGGGGGCACGGGGUCAUCAAACUGGAGGAAGGAGGUCAGAUGGAGCUGAGGACGGUUUCCGUGGACACCUGGCAUGUGCAGGAGUUUGAUGACAGUGAAACAUCGCUGGAGAGCACAGGACAGCUUCAUGAAGGAGACUCCUACGUCAUCCGCUGGAUGUACAGCAUCAAUACUGCCGGUCAGUGUUGUUGACAGGAGCAUCAAGCCUUAAAUGAUGUUAAACAACUGUUCCAUGACCCAUGUUUUCUCUGCCUCAGAUAAGGUGAACAUGUCUGAUGACUGCAGCACUGACCACAAAGAAAACACCGCCCUGUUCCUGUGGAGGGGCCGCCACUCAAAUGUCAGUGGGCGGGACACGGCUGCUUUUCUUUCUAUUGGGAUUAACAACCAGGAAGAGUCCCAGGUACAAGUUUAACAACUGAUCAUUAACCAGCACAACUUUUGAUGUUAUUGUUGUUUUCAGCCUUUGUUUGUUGUGUUAUCAGGUGGUGGUACCUCAGGGUCAAGAGCCCCCUUGUUUCCUGCAGCUCUUCCGGGGCAGCCUGGUCAUUCACAAAGGCAAGAGAGAGGAGGCGUCCGCUAAAACAGGUGAAGGGGAUUUGUUGUCUUUUUUUCUGCGUUUCUAUUUUUUUUUUUAAAUUAAUUGUGACAUUUAUUCCUCUCUGUCUCUUAAAGCAAAGUGGCGUCUGUUCUGUGUGCGAGGAGAGCUCCCAGAGGAGGGCUCUCUUCUCGAAGUGGACUGCUGCUGUGCAGGUCUGAGGUCCAGAGGCUCUGUAGUGCUGCUCAACAGCCAGCAGGAGGUGCUGUACCUCUGGACUGGCUGUAAAGCUCAUGUCAGCACCAGAGAGAUUGGCAAGCUCACAGUGGAGCGUCUCACUCAAAUGUAAGCUACUUACAUGGGUGGGCUUUUUGAGAAUCAUGCUUAUUAUUGGUAAAGGUGUUUUAAUUUUUCCAGUGUUUAAGUUUUCUGUUUCUUUUUUUUUUAGGUGUCCUACAGAGUUGGGACUGAACAAAAGCAGCCCAGUGAAGGUGCAGAUGGUAGAGGAAGGUUCAGAGCCUGCAGACUUCUGGACAGCACUUGGACAGAUGGACAGAAAGGCAUAUGACUGCAUGCUCCAGGGUAACACACAGCUCUGACUUUUGUUCUCUCUGUGCAGGACUUUUUCUAAAGUCAUAUGAAACAGGCAGGGUGUCCGCUUUUGUUCCAGAUCCAGGAAAGUAUAACUUUACACCUCGCCUCUUUCACCUGAGCGCCACUUCAGGGAGUUUUCUGGCCCAGGAGCUGCAGAGUCCAACACGGCUGCCUGGGCUGGUGAUGGCGAUGCCCUUCACACAGGAGAGCCUGUACUCUGUACCACAACCAGGUGAGGGAUCCAGUCAUAACACAGGAAACAAAAGCUCCUUUACUCUCCAUCAUAUUUUUACUAACAAAGAUUUUUUAAAACCAAGAUUAAGAAAAGUUAAGAAAACAAAUUUUUGUUCUGGUCCUAAAGGCUAAAUGACAUCACAAGAGUCACGUAGAAGACAUGAGUCAUAUUUUGGUAUUUUAUUUCCAGUAUUUUCAAAGCUGGAAACUUAGGGUGCAUGAGGAUUUAUUGUUGAGCCUGAACCUGCAUUAUUCAUCUUCAAACCAGCAGUUUGACUCAAAACUGAAACACAAGGCCUCCCUUACGGAAAUUUUUCCACCAUUUGUCUUUCUUGUCUGUCUGCUAGCCUUGUUCUUGCUGGACAACCGUCUGGAGGUCUACCUGUGGCAGAGGGGUCAGCCUGAGCAGACAGAGAGCUCCGCCUCAGCCUGGAGCUGCUGGCACAAUGAGAGACGGUGGGCCAUGCAGACAGCCCUGCAGUACUCCAAAGGUCAGAGUGAGGAAAGUUUGGUGGAAAAGGGUCAGCAGCUACACAGUUAGUUGUUUAUUGGUGACUUUUUGUCUCCUGUUAUCACAGAGAUGAACCCGAGACGCCCACCACAGGCCUACCUCAUCUUUGAGGGGUCAGAACCUCUUACCUUCACUAAUGUGUUCCCCUGCUGGGAGAGGAGCAUGGGAGCCCACACGCAGGUACGAACACAACCAGUCUGGGGACCAGCUUCUCAUUUAAAGACAAGGUUAAAUAAAUCGUGUGGAGGUGAUAUGUUAGUCCUUUUAUUAUUUUAUAACAAAAAUAGGUCAAAUUCAAACUUCUACAUUUUAUAUUGCAGUCUAUUUUUCCUUGUUUUGGGGUUUGGUUGCAACUGCUCUUAUAUUUUGGCACUUUUUCUAGUGGCCUAGAGCAUUUUAAAAGGAAUUAUCCUGUACUAUGAGUUUUUCUAAAGUUAUACCCCUUUACAAAGUGGAAAGCAGUCAUUUUCUGCUCUAAAACUUCCAUUAUUCCUUUGCAAUCAAAUAUCAAAAGAAUAUCAAAGGGCAAACACAAAAAAUGCAAAAAUGAUGGGACACUUGCUUGGUUCAAAGCAUCUGGUAAUCAUCCUGUCCCUGUUUGUCUGUGGGAGUGAAUUUCAAUUUCAGAGUCACAAAAAACUCACUUAUGUUGUUUAAAAGAGCAUUUUCUCUCCAGGACACUGCGAGCUGAUCCGGAUCUUUAUUUUUAAAUAUAAUCCAGAUGUACAGACGCAGGAGUAUUUCUCUAUUGUUCUGUCAUUCAGCACUCUUCAGCAGUUGCUCUGUAUUGUAUUAAUUUGGAUUUAAUGAAGACUUUAUUCAGUCUAUAGCCACAUGUGAACCAUUCAUAAAUACUAAGUUGCUUUUGCUGGCAGUUAUAUCUAUAUUUCUGGGUGUGUUUGAUUUAUGUUUCAGGGUGACACAGGGCCGGUGAAGCUGACCUUGGUGCAGGACGCCCUGGCCCAGCUCAUGAAGACCCAGUACCCCCUGGAGGAGCUGCUGCGGAGCCCCUUACCUGAAGGAGUGGACCCCCAGCACCUCGAGGUCUACCUGUCUGAUCAGGAUUUCCAGGUAACCAGAUAGAGCAGAGUGCAGUGUGCAUCAUGUUUUACUGGAUAGGAAAAAAUCAUGUUUAUUAUCAGAUAUAAAAUCCUGAGAUAGGGUUCAGUCAAACAUAGAACUCAUAUUGCUUUUUACAUUUGCGCUCUCUAAAGUAAAUCUCUACAAUUACAUUUCAGACUAUUUUGGAAAUGAAGAGAGAUGAAUACGCCUCCCUGCCGAGCUGGAGGCAAAUUGAUCUGAAGAAAAGCAAAGGGCUGCUUUGUUAGACAAGAGUGACGCUCCUGCAGCAGGGGCUUACUCCUCCCCCUCCACCAAGAAGGGAAGAUGGCAGGGGGGUAUUAGCACCAUGUUGCUGCACAAAGGACUGCUCACGUCAUGCAUACAAGAAAAGAAUUCACUUUUUAUUUAUGUCAAAUUAGUGUGUGAACUUUUUAUCAGACGUGGAUUUCUCCGUAGCUAUUGUUCAGAGCAAAAACAAAAUACAUUUUCCUAUGAAACUUCAUUUUAUCUGUACAAAUCAAUGAGAAAAACAAAGAGAAAGAAGAGUGGGAGUGAGGGGAGGACAUCAGUAGCAAACUGUGGGGAAAGGAUGAGAAAACAAAGGAGUGCUUGCAAAUAAAAAGAUCGAUGCUAUAAUAAACAAUGUAAACAAAAAAAUAAUAAAAGGCUAACCACUUUCUAAAUGUUUCCUCUUU